AAUUAAUAAUAAUAUAUGUUUACUAUUUUGGGACUUCGAACCCUUAACUCUGCGACUUUGAUCUGUCCUUGACUUAAUCUUCAAUUCCAAUUCGGCAAUUUCAGUUGCGAGGAGGAAUUCAGAGAUUCAAUUUGGUCUUGGGGUACAAAAGAAAGCGCAUUUCUUUUGACCUGAGUUCUAAGGCUUGGGAAGGUCAACGGCUUAAUGUUGAGUUCUGGGAAUAACAUAAACAGCAGCAACAGCAGUGGGACAACUUCUUCGGAUAUGCCACCUUUGCCCCAGUGUUUGCCACUAGAUUCGAUUACAGUAGGCAAUCAAAAGUAUACAGGAGAGCUAAGGAGGGUUCUAGGUGUUUCUGCAGGAAACACAUCUGAAGAUCAUUCUUUUGGAGUUCCACAUCCUAAACCCAUGGCUCCAGGAGCCUCCGGGGAACUAAAGCACAUUAAAGAAAGUGUACAAGAUGGCUCCAGAAAGGCAAGGGAUAGAUCAAAAAUGUUUCGGGAAUCUAUAUCUAAAUUGGAUAGGUUCAGGGAGGUAUUGAACACAAAGAAGCGACAAAGGAAUGAUUUAUCAGGUGAGAGGGGAGGUGGAGUAAACCUAACAAAGAUGGGUAGCCAGAUGCACAAAACCCCUAAUGAUAAUCUAUCUCAGAGAUCAGAAGCCAAGGCCUCAAAUUCAAUGCUGAACAAGCGAAUUCGCACAUCAGUGGCAGAUGGGCGGGAGGAAAGUAGGUCUGCUGCUAUCGGUAGGCCACAGAUGGUCACUGAGAAGGAUGGAAAUUUGAUUCAGACACUUGGUGGAACCUCUGUUCGAAAUGAAGAGAAAACUCGCAGAUUACUUGCUGGAGGUGAAGGGUUAGAUCAAAAAAUAAAGAAGAAGAGGUCUGUUGGAACUGUAGGAAACAGAGUUAUAACUGGUGAAAGGGAUGUAAAACGAGCUACUCUUCCAAAGGCAAAUGCUGAUUUGAAGAUGCGAUUUUAUGAUUCUCAGGGUUUCAGAUUGAAGUCACUUCCUGGAUCUAGUGGAAUCAACAAGUCUGAGGGUUCUUCAGAGCCUGCUAAUACAGGUGUGCGUACCAUGCUUGCAAGUGAGCAAGGGGUUUCACUUCACCGGGACCACAUAGCUGAGCAGCGAGUUGUAGUGAAAGGAAACAAUAGGGCAAACAUUCAAGAGGACCCAGCAAGUAGCCCUAGCACUCUAAUAAAAAACAAGGUAUCUCGGGCACCAAGAACGGGUUCCGUUAGUGCACUAGAAUCAUCUAACGUUCAACCUUCGUGUGGAACUUUUUCAGGUUCUUCUAUACAUCCAAUGACCCAAUGGGUUGGUCAGCGGCCACCUAAAAAUUCACGCUCACGAAGAGUGAAAGUAGUUUCUCCAGCCGCACGCAAUCUUGAAGUUCAGGUCUCAUCUGAAGGCUGUCUAACUUCUGAUUUCAGUGUUAAAGCUUCUUCUGCUGGCAACAAUGGAUUUCAACUGGCAAGCAGUGUAGACAAUGGUACUCCAAAGUAUAAAAGACCUCCUGAUGAUGUUUCAUCUCCCUUUGGAUUAUCUGAAAGUGAAGAAUCUGGAGCUGGGGAAAACAAAAUAAAAGAGAAAGGAGUGAAUGGCAGUGACUUUGCUUUGACUGCAGAUAAGGCUGGAGCUUCUAUAAUGAGGAAGAAUAAACUAUCAACUGAUGAAUCUGGAGAGUAUGUGCAGAGACAAGGAAGAACUGGAAGGAAUUUAUCCUUAAUGAGGUCAGGCCUUCCUUCAGGGAGGGAUAAGUCAGAGAAUCUACCAAUGAUGAAGCCAGUACAGGAGAUGAGGCCUAAUGACAAGAGUAAAGCCAAAUAUGGGCGCCCUCCUUCAAAAAAGCAGAAAGAGCGCAAAGUUUUGACUCGCGUAGGGAAGCAACUGAACAUUGGUUCUUCUGAUUUUGGAGGUGAAUCUGAUGAUGAUCGUGAAGAGUUAUAUAAAGCUGCAAAUGCUGCUCGUAAUGCCAGCAAAAUUGCUUGUUCGGGUUCAUUCUGGAAUAAAAUGGAGCCUAUUUUUGCUUCUAUUAGCUUGGAAGAUGCAUCUUACUUGAAGCAACAGCUCAAUAUUGCUGAGGAAUUUGAUAAAAGUUUAUCUCAUAUGUUUGGCAUUGAUCGUGAUAUGUUGGGUGUUGUUAUAAAUAACAAAACCACUCAAAGCUCAGAUGAAAGAAAGAGAAGUCACUGUGAUGAAGAAUCUAAUAAGAUUGAUGCUUUAGGUGGAAAGAAUGACAUGGAAAGACUGGACAAGGUUACUCCACUAUUCCAAAGACUUCUUUGUGCUCUAAUAGAAGAAGAUGAAGGUGAAGAAUCAUAUCACCUGAGUGAAGCAAAGAAUAUAUCUCGACAAUGCACUAGUGAUGAUUCUCAUUGCGGUUCAUGUAAUCAAAUCGAUUUUGAACCCAAAGAUCGGGAUAGAAUGGAUUCUGAAGUUGAAUCUAAGGUGGAUCUUCAAAUUCAGAAGAAUUGCACAUUGGACAGACUAUCUUGUGAUAAGAGUACUACAUCCAACACAUUUAGGUACCCAAACACAUCCAGUUCUUUGCAAAGCACUGGAGUUUGGCAGGGAGAUGAAGAAUUUUGUCUUUCAGAUAUCACACACACUAGUGAAAUAUGUUCAAAUGAUCUUGAUCAACUGCAGCAUACUGAAUUAAGCGUUCCUAGCUUUCCUUCUCCUGAUGGCCAGUAUCAGCUAAUGUCCCUGGAUGACAGGCUGCUGCUUGAGUUGCAAAGCAUUGGCUUAUAUCCUGAAAUAUUGCCCGAUUUAGCUGAGGAAGAUGAAGCUAUAAAUCAAGACAUUGAGAAACUUGAGAAAGCACUGUGUGAACAGAAUGGGAUGAAGAAGAAGAACUUGGACAAGAUUGAUGGAGCUAUUCAAGAAGGGAGGGAUGUGGAAAGGCGGAAGAUUGAGCAAGCUGCAUUUGACCAACUUAUUGAAAUGGCUUACAGAAAGAGAUUGGCAUGCCGUGGAAGCAAAAAUUCAAAAGGUGCAGUUCACAAGGUGUCUAAACAAGUUGCUCUUGCCUUUGUCAAACGUACUCUUGGAAGAUGUAAAAGAUAUGAAGAAGCUGGCAUUAGCUGCUUUAGUGAACCUACCCUACAAAACAUCUUGUUUGCCUCCCCUUCGUGUGAGAAUGAUGCACAACCUGCAGAUUGCAUGGUCUCUGGGACAGCCAGUAAUACAUGUAACAAAGCUUCCCAUCAAAUUGAAGCCAGAAAAUCAGGUACAGUUUCUAGUGCUUCUGAAAAAUAUGAUUGCCACAGAGACUAUGCAGACAGGGGACUGGUUGAUUCUUUUCAAGGUUCAAUUCAGUCAUCAGAACAAGCAUCAUCCAAGAAUGGGUCUGUGUUUAUCAAGGAGAAGAAGAGGGAAAUGCUGGUCAAUGGUGGUAUUGGUGGUUCUUCCUCAAGAGCAUCAAACCUUGAUGGUUCUGUUCAUGGUGGAGUGAAAGGAAAGAGAAGUGAGAGAGAUAGGAAUCAGAGUCGCGAUCAGACCAGACAAAAUCCUAUUUCCAGAGCUGGACGCCUGUCUUUGGACAGUAGUCAAAAUGAGAACAAACCAAAAUCUAAGCCCAAGCAAAAGAUUACUGCUAGUGGUCAUGAUAGGUUUAUGGAUGCAAAGGAAUCUGCGUGUUUACCAAAUCAUGGUUCUAGUCUAUCUGUAGUUGAUGCAACCAAUAGCGGUAGCAAAGAUGGAGCUACAUUAUCUGGUAACCAGGACACUUCUCAAGUAAAGGAAUCUACUGACUUUGGCAAUUUGCAGUUACAUGAUUUAAGUUCAAUAGAAGAAUUUGGUGUAUCUGGUGAACUUGGUGGGGCACAUGAUCUUAGUUCUUGGUUGAACUUUGAUGAAGAUGGUUUGCAAGACCAUGAUUCUAUUGGCCUUGAAAUACCGAUGGAUGACCUAUCAGAGUUAAAUAUGCUUAUGUGAAAGUCUGUAACUUGCAGUCUCUACCACUUACACGUAUUAUAUCUGGAGAAUUUGUAUGUAUUCAGUGAACUACGUGGGCAUCAAGAUCUAAGAUGUUACUUGGGUUUUCUCGGGAGGGAGAAAUUUUUGGAGAUUGGGAGUAAGAAUUUUGACACAUUUAUAGGGUAAAUGGAGAGGUGGAGACUUGUACUCCCAAUUUGAUCUUUUUGUAGAAAGUUGUAUAGCAUGGAUUUCAUGAAAAUGCAUUUAGAUCCCGUUCUUCUCUCAUGAUACGAGAUGUCCUUACUGAUUGUACUACGAAUUGUGGACCAGAUGUUCAGCAUCUUGAAUCUAACUGAUUUUGCACUGUGAAGUCAUGGUCUCGUAAAUGACUUUCUAUGGGAGAUUAAUCACCUUCAUAAUCUCAAGAUUGAAGUUAUGUCAUCCAUUUAAUCAAUGGAGCCCGAGGAUGGUUUCUUUCCGCAAGCUGUGUUUCUGCUACCAUGCAAUGUAAAAUGUUUUAUUGUCCAUGUCCAGCGAAACGCACAAUGUUGUUGAUUGUUUUCUCCUGAAUAAUGGAGAACGAAAUUUUAAUGAAGUUUUUCUAACAUUGAAC